AUGUCGGCCGCAGCUGCCACCGGAGGCGCACCUCAAACGGUUCCUUGCGCAUACAAGACUGGAAGAACGUUGGGUCAAGGCACCUAUGCUGUGGUCAAGGAGGCAGUGCAUAUCAGUACGGGAAAGUACUAUGCUUGCAAAGUCAUCAGCAAGAGGUUGAUGGAGGGAAGGGAGCACAUGGUCAGGAAUGAGAUUGCAGCGCUCAAAAAGGUAUCACAGGUGAGUCAUGAAGAGGGGACAAACGAAAGUGGGAAAAGGCGGGUAUGGCCUACAUUGGCGCCCAGGCCAUUAGUCCAAAGACUGGAGGCAACCAAUCUACGGUAGCCACUGCUUUCGACUUGGAGAAAGCUAGGAGGCAGCGUCGCGCUCUUCCGCAUCGGACGCUGGAUACAGCCAUGGCUAGACGACUAGCCACUCGUUUGAGCAGCCCUCGUUGGCUGCACGUAUGCGUCGAUGCCCGCCUCUUCAAGGAGUUUCACGGCAAAGCUUGGAAUGCCUGUGUCAGCGCACUCGGCUUUGGCCAUUCUUGCUGCAAAGGUGAGGCCUUUCUCACCCUCCGAGACUCGACUCCCUUCUCACAGGGCCAUCGGUCUAUCGUCACCCUCGUGGAUUACUUUGAGACAAUGAACAAUCUGUAUCUGGUGACAGACCUUUGCGUAGGAGGCGAAUUGUUUGACAGGAUCUGCGAGCGUGGUAGCUACUACGAAAAGUGAGUCAGGACAUGAGAGCAGCUCUUUUGAACCUCGAUCUAAGCGUGCACCUCUCCUGCCCUUGCUUGCCAAAGAGACGCUGCACACAUCGUCAAGACGAUUACCGAAGCCGUAGUCUAUUUGCACAACCAAGGCAUUGUUCACAGAGGUGAGAUUGGCGGACAACGCGGUCGAAAGGUAAAGGCAGCCUUUUUACGCCUUGCCUUGUUGCGCACAGAUUUGAAGCCUGAGAACCUCUUGUUUCGCGACAAGAGCGAGGACUCUGAUUUGUUGAUUGCUGAUUUCGGAUUGUCUAGAGUGGUCGAUGACGAAAAGAUCACAGUCUUGUCCACCACUUGUGGUACACCUGGCUAUAUGGCUCCGGAAAUCUUCAAAAAAACGUGAGUGCACAAUGUUCGAGGUGAGGCUUCGAUGACCAGGCUGAUCGCCAACUUGCGUGUCUUGAUAUUGAAGCGGACACGGCAAGCCUGUAGAUAUGUGGGCGAUUGGCGUUAUUACGUACUUCUUGCUCUGCGGCUACACGCCCUUUGAUCGGGACAGCACAAUGGAGGAGAUGCAAGCCAUCAUCAACGCCGACUACUCCUUCGAGCCGGCAGUGUACUGGGCGGAUGUGUCGUCCGAAGCUAGAGACUUCAUCACCAAGCUCUUGACUAUUGACCCUCAAGCUCGAUUGACAGCCAAGCAGGCUUUGGAGCACCCUUGGCUCUCGGAGGGCAUCGAAAGACCUGCAGAGGUCCAGAGAGACUUGUUGCCGGACAUGAAGAAGGCUUUCAAUGCCAAGCACAAGUUCAAGGCUGCUGUCAAUGGUAUCAGGUGAGUGCGCGAUGGUCGGUGCGAAAUCUGCGCGUCCCAGCAGCAGGCAUCUGAAACGCUGGUCUGAUCUCCCACAUCUCCGCCACGGCCCCCCCGCAGACUGAUCAACAGGCUGCGGGCAGAAACGUCAGAUGGCUCACCUGCACAAGCAUCCGAGGUGGCCGAUAUUCGCAAAGGCAUCGAGGAGGCCGAAGCGGUGCGUGCUUGCGGGCGUGUUCGGAUCCGUUUGGGCGCUUGCCACGUUGAGGGAGGGGUGGUCCCCGCAACCAGCUCACAUUUGGCUCUCCUUUUUCCUUUUUUGUUAUCCUACGUCCGCCGCAGGAGGCGGCAAAUAUCAAUCAAGUCUUUGCGCAGUGA